AUGAGUGACGGAAGCCGAAAGGCAGUUGUCAAAAAUGUGGAUAUGUCAGAGGAGAUGCAACAGGAUGCCAUUGAUGUGGCAACCCAUGCAUUCGAAAAAUUCAACAUAGAGAAGGAUAUUGCAGCUUACAUUAAAAAGGAGUUCGAUAAACGCCACAGUCCAACCUGGCACUGUGUUGUUGGAAGGAAUUUCGGAAGCUACGUAACCCACGAGACAAAGCAUUUUAUCUACUUCUAUGCGGGGCAAGUGGCAAUCCUGCUCUUCAAGUCUGGCUGA